AUGGCGACUACAACUUUCUCUCGGUUUUCCUUCUAUUUUUGUCUCCUCUUGUGCCAUGGCUCUAUGGCACAAUUGUUCAGUUCAGGUCUCAAUCCAUGGCAAACUCCUCGUCAGGGAGGUUUUAGUGAGUGCAGGUUUGAUAGGCUACAAGCACUUGAGCCACUUAGGAAAGUAAGGUCGGAAGCUGGGGUUACAGAGUACUUUGAUGAGAACAAUGAACAGUUCCAGUGUACAGGUGUCUACGUCAUUCGACGCGUUAUUGAGCUUCAGGGCCUUUUGGUACCAAGAUACACCAAUGCUCCUGGCCUAGUCUACAUCAUUCAAGGCAGAGGUCUUUUGGGAUUGGCCCUUCCUGGUUGCCCAGCGACUUACCAGCAACAAUUCCAACCGUAUGUUGCUGAAGGUCAAUCACAGACCCAAGCAUUUAGAGACGAGCACCAAAAAGUCGACCAAUUCAGGCAAGGAGAUGUUGUGGUGCUCCCAGCUGGGGUUGCGCAUUGGUUCUACAACAACGGAGAUUCCCCGGUUGUUGCAGUAUAUGUUUUCGAUGUAAACAACAAUGCUAAUCAGCUUGCACCAAGACAAAAGGAGUUCUUGUUGGCUGGAAACAAUCAAAGAGGGCAACAGAUGUUAGGAAGUUCGAUCGAACAACAGCACUCUGGGCAAAACAUAUUCAGUGGCUUCAACAUUGAGCUACUAAGUGAUGCCUUAAGCAUCAGCUCAGAGACAGCUAGGAGGCUACAAGGUCAAAAUGACCAAAGGGGGGAGAUCAUUCGCGUGCAGCAUGGCCUUCGGUUUCUGAAACCCACUAUGACACAACAACCGAGAAUGGGUCAGUUCAACGGGUUGGAGGAGGACUUCUGCGCAAUUCAGGCACGGAUAAAUAUUGGAAACCCUGAUCGUGCUGAUACCUACAACCCGCGAGCCGGGAGGAUAACACAUCUCAAUAGCUUGAAGUACAACCAGCUCAGCCUCGUUCAAAUGAGCGCGACAAGAGUCAACCUAUACCAGAAUGCUCUUCUAUCACCAUUCUGGAACAUUAACGCUCACAGCGUGGUGUACAUGAUCCAAGGGCGUGCUCAAAUUCAAGUUGUCAGUAACCAUGGAAAGACGGUGUUCAAUGGUGUUCUUCGUCCAGGGCAGCUACUAAUCGUACCGCAGCACUUCGCCGUUCUGAAGAAAGCAAGGCACGAGGGAUGUCAGUACAUUGCUUUCAAGACCAACCCAAAUCCCAUGGUGAGCCGCAUCGCAGGAAAGAACUCCUUCCUACGCGCCAUGCCGGUGGAUGUGAUCGCCAACGCGUAUCGCAUCUCAAGGGAGGCAGCCUGGAGUCUUAAGAAUAACAGGGGAGACGAGCUUGGUGCGUUUGCUCCUAGGUACCAGCAACAGGGUUACAGAGUUACCCGGGAGGACAGUAACCCUUUAAUCAAUGAGGUUCCGGAGUGA